AUGGCAAACACAGUAAAGAAGCCGUGGAUCCUCGCCAUCUCACACAACCAUAAGCCAUAUGUAGAUGGUAUCUUCGAACCACCCAUGUCCGAACUUCGGCCAAAAGCCGACUUCUUGAGAGCCGAGAACGCAGAGCAAACAGAGCGCUUACUCUCACGACACCCAACCUCGGCAGCUACCCUCAUAACCGAUGAAGGACUGACUGGGGAUCAAAACACCCAUGUUUGGCACGCCGUCCUUUCAUAUAUGCGUGGAGGUGGGACGACGAUAGUCAAGGGUAGCUUUUCCAGCUUUGUCCUACCCCUGAAUAUCAGGUCGUUCUUCGCGCAAGCAGGUUUAGGGUGGUGUUGCGCCUCAUACACUGGCGAGACAUUUGCGCUGAAUGACGAAGCGGUGGACAGUGGUUUGGGAGCAAGGAUCUUUCCGCGAUACAGCACAAAGGCUCUAUUCGUGAACUAUGUCGCAUGA